AUGUUGAAUGAAAUCCGAGAAGAUGAAGAAGUGAUGAGAAUAGUGAACGUAUUGAUGGAUGAAAACGUCGUUAACAAGGAUUUACCGAUCGAAGGGACAACUUAUAGCCAAAAUUUCGUCGAUUUUCAACUAAAAUCACUGGAAAAUGCGGAAAACUUCAACAAAAAGUUGUUCGAAAUCUUCUUGGAGAUCCUCUACAACACGAAUGUGGUCAAAUACAUCAUACAGAAUCGGUUCGCAACCAUCGACAGUAUUGUUUCCAACGCAGGAAUUAGCAAUUUGCAAAAUGAAAUUAUCCAGAUGAUAUCGAGGCUCCGAAUUCCGCAAGAAAUUUCGGUCGAAUUUGAUGAAGCCUUCGAAAAAUCGAUAUGCCAACUUAUAGAAGGACACUUUUACAACUGUUUGGAGCCGAAAGUACUGAAGGAAUCACUCAGUAUGAUCUACAACGGCCUUCAUUCCGCCGACAACAUCAAAUUUAUAUGGCUGGAAAUUUUUAAUCAAAAAUUUUUUGAAAAAAUCAACGUGAUUCUGCUCUGUUCGAGCAAUGAAGAGCUUCUACAACACACAGUGAAAGUGCUGAACGACGUUGCAAUGGAUUUGAUGCCCGGAUUUGAAGAGGAAUUCCUUCAGGGAUUCAAGGAUACGAUAAUAUCAAGAAAUGAUGAUUUCACUUCAAAAUUGGUUGAAAUCUUGGAAGGUAACGAUCCCAAUGGCAGCAUUAUGGUAUGUUUGUUGUGAUAAUUGUAUUUUAUGGCGUAAUUUACGAUUCGAGAACAUUCCGCGACGUUAUAAUUUAUGUAGACCACAUCUACCAUAUUUUUUCAAAAAUCAGGUUUUUAAAUCGUUUCAAGCAGCAAUUUUAGGAUGAAGAAAUGAACAAUGAACCUGAAUAGACAACGUAACAAGAUUAGAUGGAAGUUUAGACAACCCGGUGACAUCAAAUUUCGGUGAUAUUUAUGAAAUCCACAGACUUUGAUGACAGCUGAUGAAAUAAUGUCGCAAAACACUCCAAUUCGACCGAAUUCAUCGCAAAACCCUCCAUCCUACGAUGCCAUUGGACAAACACGAAAAGCUUCGACAUCCAGACGAUAUUCGACGUUACCGAGCAAGAAACACGUCCAUAUGCAAGUUCAACACGCCUCUUUGAACCAGGGAGAUCCGAGAAGGUCGAUGAUGAUGAGACAAUCGAUGAUUCCGGAGGUGGAAAGGGUCAAUUCGAGACUAUUGCCUGCAAUUAUCACACCGGUACCAUUGGAGACAAGGGGAGGGUACUUUAUACCCGACGUUUCGCCAGUCCUUGUACCUCCUAGGUAAGGAGAAUAUAUUUGAACGAAUCCGGAAAAAUGUUCUAGAAAUAUAUUGUAUCAUAUUUGUUAUGAGCUGCGGGUCAGUUGCUGCUUCUAUAGACCCAAAAGUGAAAGAAUUCGAAUUUCCCGCCGCUUUUGGCAUUCUGUUGCAAUCUCUGAUUUUGGUAGGAAAUGUCUCGGAGUGUGGCUCUGACCUCCUAAAUAGGUCCCUGACUUCUUAAAACAAUGAAAAUAGUAGAGUUUCCGCACUUUUUUUUAUAUCAUCCAUCACAAUUUUUGCUAGUUUUUGCAACUCUACCGCUUUUUUCGUGUUUCUAACAAGAUCAUUGUCCGUUCCUGUGAAUUCCUCCCUUCUUUUAUUGCCUUUUGAUCCCACCGAUAAGAACCGCUUAUUUUUUGCUGUCUCUAGACUAUCUGUCCGUCCGAAAUCAGCAAAAAAAAACUCCGAUCAUUUUUCCAAAUUUUUGAAAAUUUUCCAUAAAUUUAAUCCGAACUCCGUCGUUCCGCUUUUCCACUGCUCUAUUCUCACGCUUGCUAACUCUGUUUUUUUACUCGGCUCUUGUUUGGCUCAUCAAUUUUGUAGAAAUAUCCAAAAAUUUUAUAUUGUCCAUGAUAAAAAAAUUGAAUUCUGACAAUUCAGAGUGGUGACGCAGAUGGCCGACCGAAUCGAGGAGUCGGAUGUGGAAGAGGGAUGUCGCAUAACGUGUUGUGAGACGACUACGGCGAGACGAACAUUCCAAGCGGUGCUUUUGGGGCAAAUGUUAUCCUUGUGUUUAUGUGGAACGGGUGUUUCCUCUCAAUUACUGGCUGGAAUGGGCUUCAAUGCGCCGGCAGGUAAUUGGAAAGCUGUUCUUAGUCAUCGUAGACUCAAAGAGAAUUUUGAUUUGGGAGAAAUUUUAGGAUUUUUCGAAAAAUCUAGAAAAUCCGUCAUCCUGAUCAAUUUAACGAGGUUAUGACGGAAAUUUAUUGAUGGAAUUUUUCUAGUAAUGUCCUUGUAUGACUAUAAACAAGGUUCAAAAACGAAAUUCAUAAAAUCUGCAUGAUCAAAGACGUCAUCAUGACGGAUUUUCUGGAAUUUUUAAAAUCCUUCAGAAUUCGAUGAUUUUUUGUUGGAUUUGAAUCAGAUUACUGCUAAUUAGUAGUUUUCAAGUAAAUAGACAAUGUUUUUCAGCUCAAAGUUUCUUCAAUUACUUCUUUCUCUUCUUUGUUUAUGGCCUAGUAUUAAUGUUCCGGUCCGGUGACAAAAACCUCUGCAGUGUCCUACGAAAACGCGGUUGGAAGUACUUUUUAUUAGCCAUUAUCGAUGUUGAAGCCAACUACAUGAUUGUUUAUGCAUAUCAACAUACAAAUUUGACCAGUAUUCAGGUAAAGAUUUGUCAUGUGUAAUAUAAUUUGUCUAUUCUUUAAUCGAUUUUACUGUUCGUGUUGCUUUGUUUAGGUCCAAAAUGAAUUCCAAGACUGCUUGGGUAGUUUUUAGGUUGUAAAUAACAAAGAAAAUGCAAUUUUUUCGUCUGAUGUCAAGUGUAAUAUAAGUCAAGUCAAAAAAAUCCCCGUUCCAGAUCCUGGACUGCUCCACGAUCCCGGUGGUGAUGAUUCUUUCGUGGCUCUUCCUCUCCGUCCGCUAUCUGUUCAUCCAUUUGGUGGGGGUGUCGAUUUGUUUGGCCGGCAUUGGCCUCAUCAUUUUCGCCGACUCCCAGUCCGGCCGCGGCGCCGAGGGCGGCUCGGAUCGCUUGUUGGGAGAUCUCCUGUGUCUCGGGGCUGCUCUUUUUUACGGUGCCGCGAACGUAACUGAAGAGUUUUUGGUCAAACAGUACGAUCGGUUCGAAUAUCUCGGGAUUGUCGGACUUUUUGGCUGUUUAAUUAGUAGUGUUCAAUUGUAAGUGUGAUUUUUUGUGUUUUCUUGAAAGUUUAGGAGGAGAGCUACAAAUCGUUAUCAAUAUCACAUCGAAAUUCAUAGGAAAAAUGUGUGUUUUCACCAAAAAUAUAGCAAAAUUACCUAAAGUAAUAUAAUUUUUUUAAUUUUUUUGUCAAUUAUCCUUGGAAAUGCCGUUUAAAUGGUGUAAAGACCCUUUAUUUUACCUACUACGUUUAUAAUUAUCAAAAUUUUGCCCAAAAAUUUCAAAAAAUUCAAAUUUCCCGCCAAUUUUGGCAUUGUGUUUUAAUGGUCUAAAAUUAACAGAUAGGUAAAAUACGUUGUUACCAGCUGUUCUCUGUGAUUCUAUAUGGAUUUUGAGAGCAUUCCACGCCGAUUUGGGAAAAUUUUUUAUAUUAACUAUGACAAAUAUCUCAUAUUUUUGAUGAAAAUUCAAUCUUUCCAGAGCAAUAUUUGAACGGGAGUCCCUAACAAGCUUUAACUGGAACCUGGAAGCCCUUCUGUACUGUUGUCUGUUCACUGUUUGCAUGUUCGCUUUCUAUUCGAUGGUCUCAAUUGUAAUGCAAAAAUCCUCGGCCUUGAUGUUCAACUUGUCCGUUUUGACUGCCGAUUUUUACACACUACUCGCCGGCAUCUACAUUUUCUCGUAUAAAGUGAGUUUUCAAAAAAAAUGGGGUUUUUUCGAGAUUUUUUGAAAUUAAUUUCUCGAUAACGCGGUUGGUUCUGCAUACUGCGGAAUUUUUGAAAUGUCUCUGUAACAUUUCUAGCUUAAUUUUCAAGCAAAAAACGCAUAAAUUCAACAAAAAAAUGAUCAUUUUUAUAUUGCACUAGAUAAAAACCCCGAUUUUUGGCCCUGAAAUGUCAUAAAAAUUAAGAAUUUAAUCUGAAAUAUAAUGAAAAAAUGUAAUUUCAGUUCGAUUUCCUAUACUUGCUCUCGUUCUUCGUUGUUAUCACCGGCUCGUUGAUCUUCUCCGCCCGAAAAACGGAGGAGAAAUCGCGAGCGGAGACGGACUGCGUGGCCAAUGUCUUCUGUUUUUGUUGCCCGUGGAUUUGCCAAUGCUGUGAUGGCCUAAAGCCACGACCGGCGUAUACUGUAAGUUGAUUUUUUUUAAUUUAUAGGAAAAAUUGUUAAUGAUAAGAAAAAUUAGUCGAAAAAAGUAGUGAAUCAUAGUCGAAUUUAGUUAAUUCAGGUCUAGCAGUCAAUGGCGAGAGUAGUUUCAGUCAUUUUUUGUAGUUUUAUGGUCGUUUCUGACAGUUGAAACAGAAUGCCAAAAAUGGCGGGAGUUGAACUUUUGAAAUUUUAUUGUUGCAUAAGAUCCUAUGGGUCUUUAAACUGACUUUAUGGGGUUUAAAAUUGUUUUUUCCGAUGAUUUGAGGCCAAAUUCGACUAGUUAAAGUUUUCGUGGCGGGACCUAAAAUAAAAAUUUUUUAGGUUGAAUUAGUAAUUAAAAAUCGAUUUGUAGAGCCUAAGAGCGAAAUUAGAGGACAUUUUAAAAAUUUUAGCUUGAAAUUUUAACAGCAAAUUUGUUUUUCGGACAUUACUUUACCUUGUUUUACCCAUCAAUUUUCAGGUCCGGGAAGCCGAACAAGAACGCAGCUCAUUGGGUGCCCCCGAGUCCGAAGAACGAACCCCAUCCCUAUAG